AUGGAAACACAUCCUGCCGAAGCCUCAAGACCUAAACCAAAAUCAUAUGCUGAUGUGGCCCGGCAAGCUCCGGCGUCCAGUGCGAUUCCAAGGAAAGCAGUAAAAGCUAGUAUUGCUCAGAAAGGAAACAAUGUUACUCCAGCAGCAACCUCUUCAACAGCUUCCUUGCAAAAAGGGACACCACGGAGGUUCGGAGAUUCCAUCGCCAAGACGGGGAAAAGAAUUCCACGGACAACUAAAAAGAUUAAAGAAAUUUCAGGAGCUUCUUCUUCCAAUUCUCCCACGCGGACACAAGUUUCAAGAGACUUGAAAGAGAAGAAGGAAAGAAAAAGUCUAGAGGCGAAUGAGAAGUGCAAAAAACUCUCUGAAGCAGUGAAAUAUCUUAGAAAUUUUCUGCAGAAGAACGUACCGUUGGAUGAAAUCAAGGGUAUAGUUGAUGUAGAAGAGCUAAAAAGUCUACACAAUGAUCUCGCUCGUUAUCUGGAACAGGAACAGGAGCUAACCAACGCUUUUUCCACCGUAGAAGUUUCAUCUGAAAGUGAUAAAUGUGAUCCCCAACAGCCACAGCAGAUAGGCCAAAAUCUAGAGCUCCUACCAGAUAAACUUAGCGAGGGUAAAAACCACGACAACAUUAUUUUAAGGGGUACUUAUAAAGUACCGACUGCAGUGAAACGCCUUCGCAAAGCUGAUUACGACAUGAAUGCUAAGAAGAUUCAGAUUCUGAUAAAAGAAUCAAAAUACCUUCCAAAUUUAGUGAGAUAUUAUGGCGUAAUACCUUAUGAAGAGUGUUUUUAUGUUGCUAUGGAGCAAGAGUGCUACUUGGAUGAAACAUCAUUCAACUUGGAUGAACUGGUUCAACUAGACUUAGCAAAUUCCAAUCUGUCUGAGGUUGUGGCAAAUGACAGAUUGAAAGUAGUGAAGAAUAUUGUCGGAAAAUUUGAACUCAUUCCAAAAAAUGGGUGUCCAAUUCCUGAUUUAUCGUGGACAGUGAUGAGGAAAAUGCUUUGCGGGCUAGUGCAGUUACAUGCAUUGGGCAUAAGUCACGGAGACUUGAAGCCUCAAAACAUUCGAAUAAUUAAGGAAGGAUCAUUGUGGCAUGUAAAGCUUUAUGACAUGGGCAUUAAAACUGGUAGUGGCACUUUGGAUAGGCAAGCAUGUCGUGAUCACGGGAACCAUAUAUGGGUUGAUGAUAUGCACACUUUCGGUGGAAUUUUCUCUUAUUGCAUCACUGGUAUUUCUGAAUUUGGUGACUGGAAAACAAUAACAAAGAAGAGGGACUCAUUGUUGGAGAAUUAUCCUGAAGCUCGUCAUCUUUUCCUUUGUUUAACAAGCAAGAAUCCUACAGAACGUCUAACAGCAAAGGAGGCACUGUGCCAUCCACAUUUUUGGGAUCCGAAGGAGAAACUUUUAUUUCUUCUUGACACUUACAAAAGAGUAUUUGAUUUUGAGGGCAAACAUCUUCGCAAUGAGCUAGAAACUAUUUCAUCGAAAGUUAUAGAAGGAAAAUGGAAGGGAGAGCAUGUUCAAGAAUGGAACAACAGGAUUGAUGCAGAUAUAAUGAAUUAUGCAAUUGAUCAAUUGGAAAAGUACUGUCCAAAUAAUACUUACAAAUUCAAAAGCCUUCCAGAAUUAUUGCGGUUUAUUCGACACACCUAUAUUCAUUAUGGAAAGUGUCCACCGAAUAUUCAGAAAUCCAUAGGAUCAUUGGAUGAAGGUUUCUACAACUACUUUGAAAGUAGAUUUCCAAAUCUCUUAAUUGAAGUGUACACAGGUGUAGAGAAAUGGUGCGGCAAAGAGAACGUGGCCCCAGUUUGUUGGCUUCGCGGCCCUAGGAGAGCAGCUGCACGCUGGAUAGCAGUGCAGCGCCACAGCAUGGGCUCCAUGGCGCUUCGAAAAUCAGCGCCAGGGUGCUCACACCACAAUCGCAGCGCGUAG